AUGGACGACUCCUUUGACUUUGGCGACGAUGACGAGCUUCUAGCAGCCGUUGAGCAGGUUGAAAAACAAGUUGAAGACAAAAAGCAUCAAACUGUCAAUGCCAUAGAUGACGAUUUCGAUGAUUUUGACGACGAAGAUUUUAUUCUUGCAGCAGAAACAGCAGAGCAACAAGCUAGCACAAACAAAGGGAAAGAAAGACAAGGACAAUUGUCAAACUUUUUUGCUUCAUCGUCAACGGCACGGGAUACAUCGCGACAAAUUAACAAUGAGCUAGUCCCUCCCACAAGUUUGGAAGACGAACCGCCACCUACAGCGCCUUCACCACCUCCACGCAACACACCUUGCUCGCACGAAUUCGAUGCAGAGGCGCUACCGACGUGGAUAUACCCGGUCAAUUAUUCUAUACGCUUAUACCAGUGGAACAUCGUUAAAAAGGCGCUUUUCAACAACACAUUGGUUGCUUUGCCAACCGGUCUCGGCAAGACGUUUAUUGCCGCUGUUGUCAUGUAUAACUACUGGCGCUGGUUUCCACAGUCCAAGAUUGUGUUUAUGGCGCCAACUCGUCCACUCGUCACACAGCAAAUUGAGGCAUGCUUUCAGAUCUGCGGCAUCGACCAGUCGGAUACAGUAGAACUGACAGGCCAGACGUCCAAGGAUCGCCGUAGACAACUCUGGAUGAGCAAACGAGUGUAUUUCUUGACGCCGCAAGUGCUGCAGAACGAUUUGCAAUCCCGCAUCUGCCCAGCCGAGAAAGUCGUCUGUCUAGUCGUCGAUGAAGCUCAUAAGGCCCAAGGCAACUACGCAUAUACAGAAGUCAUCAAGUUGAUCGCACAGCGACAGGCACAAUUCCGUGUGCUAGCGUUGACAGCCACACCCGGCACCAAUAUCGCCAAUGUUCAAUCCGUAGUGGACAACUUGCGCAUAACGGCUAUACAAAUCCGUACCGAGGAAUCGAUGGAUAUCCAGGAGCACACGCACGGUAAAAACAUCCAGACGGUGGUGGUCAAGCUCGAUUACACUGCUGGCGCAACAGGCAUCGUUCCUGAUACUGUUAAAAACUUCCGUGACAAGAUCUUUGUACCUGUGCUUCAGCGCCUAAGUCGCUUUCAGGCAAUAUACUCAACCGAUGUAGAGCGAAACACACCCUAUCAGCUCUUGAUGGCCCAACGUCAAUUCACGGCCAACGCAAGGAACUUUAACCAAGCUGUGAAAUCAUUGGUGCACGUGGAUUUUAGUAUUGCUCAUUCUGUAAGCCGCGCCUUUGAGAUGUUGUGUCAACACGGUGUGGGUCCGUUUUUGGCGACGAUAAAGGGAACGUUACAAGAAUACAGGGACGUACUUGACUCCAAUAAGAAUUUGCCAAAGGAGAAGGCAAAACUGCUCAACUCCUUCGAUUUAAAGCGUAUCAUCGACAAUUUGAAGCAGCAGCAGCAGCAACCAGGAUUCAUGGGUCAUCCAAAGCUACAGCGACUAUUACAUAUCAUACUCGAACAUCUGACUCAGGCUGAAUCAGGUACCAGCACUCGCAUCAUGGUUUUUUCGUCAUUUCGUACCUCAGUCGAUGAAAUCGUAAAGUGUCUAUCAGAGCAUGAGCCAAUGGUACGAUGCUCCCAUUUUGUCGGUCAAGCUGGCGCCAAGGAUGGAAAAAAAGGUCUUAACCAAAGGGAGCAACAAGAUAUUAUAUCGCGAUUUAAACGAGGUGAUUUGAACGUCAUUAUCUCUACUAGUAUUGGCGAAGAAGGUCUCGAUAUUGGCGAAGUCGAUUUGAUUAUCUGCUAUGACUCGCAAAGCUCUCCUCUUCGAUUGCUGCAGCGCAUGGGUCGCACCGGUCGUAAGCGAAAAGGCCGAUGCGUUAUGUUAAUGACGGAAACAGAAGAGCGCAAAUACAGAAAUGCAAAGGAAUCCUACAAUCAAGUUCAGCAAGCCAUUGCACGAGGCGGACACCUCCGAUACUUCAAGCCCAAUCCAAGCGUCAUUCCGGAGAAUUAUCAACCUGUGUGGCGCAAAAAACGAUUUACUAUCGGCACUUUUAUUCCAGCUGCCUCAGGUAGCGGACGAUCAAAAGCAAGGAAUAGGAACGAGAAAAUAGUGAAUGCAGAAGGCACAUUGUUGGAGGGACCAGAGGCAUCUUUUCUGCAGAAGCUAGGCGCGGCCACAGUAGAGGAUGCGUUCAUUCGCUAUUGGCCAAAGCAACAUGCACUAAAACGCACGCAGAAAUAUCUACCGAGCAACAAAGUACUACACUAUUAUCAUCACGUGGGACAUUCUCGACGAACUAUGCAAUUUGUCGAACUGUACAAUAAGAUCGAACCCCGCAUUUUAUAUGGAAGUGAUGCUCCUCAGCAACAGGAGCAGCAG